AUGAAACCAAAGAAGAGAAAGUCUAUUAAGGAUAACUUAUCAUGUUUUUACUGUUGCAUCAAAUUCAAGACUGGUGAAGAACUUGAUGAGCACGAAACAAAACAUAAAGAUGUCGAAAAUCCUUUCGAAUGCACAAUUUGCGGUUUGAAAGAUAUUUCUAAUAGAAGACGCUUACUUAGGCAUUUACAAGCCCACAAUCCGAAUUCCGACAAAAAGAAAAAGUGCAGUGUUUGUGCAGAAGUGUUUAGUAACGCCCUUAAUUUAAAGUUACAUAAAAAGACACAUCAUCCGGGCAGUAAACCACACAAGUGUGAAUACUGCAAUAAACCAUAUAAAAAACGUUGCGAUUUGGAAAUUCACGUCAGAACACAUACUGGAGAGAGACCCUAUACAUGUGAAGUGUGCGGGAAAGCUUUCAGAGAUGUGGGAACAUUACGCAUGCACGUAAGAACGCAUAAUCCUCAUAAACCAUUUGUGUGUGACACCUGUGGAGCAGCUUUUAUAAGCAGCUUUUAUCUGAAGACCCACGAAAAGAUUCAUUCUGGUGAAAAACCACAUCAAUGCAAUCAUUGCGGGAAAACUUUUACCGAUCGCAGCAGUUUUAGACGUCAUAAUAAAAUCCACACGGGAGAGAAACCUCAUAGAUGUGAUAUCUGUGGUAAAUCAUUUAUUCAACGGAUUCAACUUACGAAACAUAGACCAACUCAUGAGAAACCCAAUGAGUCCAAUCAAACUCAAUCUCAACCUCAGAUAAUAUUUACAGAUAAACUAGAUCAUAACAUGAGUACAGAUUUUACAAAUAAACAUAACUUUAUGGACCAAUUGUAUCAUGUGAUUUCAUAAACAUUAGUAAAAUUGUUCAUAUCUAUAAUUAUGGUUGGUUUUUUAUUUUUGGGGGACGUGGUAGCUCAGUGAUUUCCAAUCAGAUUAAACUAAGAUAACAAUUUCGUCACUCGUAAUCUAACAAUAUUUAUACCGAAGUCGCAUACUGUUGACAUCAUUUCAACCAAUCACGGCUGGUCAUGCUUGCUGUCUUUGAGGUCAGCUCAAGUAUUUAUUUCUGCAUACUGUUUCUUCAGAUUUUCCACCCAUUUCAGAGACUUUUGCAAAAAAAAAAAGAAACCACAAUUAACAUCAAAGGGGAUUAAAGAUGGUUUUCCUUAUUUUUUAGUGU